GACACGCGGAUUGAGCGACAACAUGAGGUCGAGCUCUCCUGCGAAGUUGUUCAGCGGGUGUAAAGUUACGAGCGGGCAGGACACACCUCUAGAGGGAGUUCCCAGGGAUGUGAAAACAAGGGGCUGAUCACUUCUCCUGCAGAAAAGUUAGUCAGGAGUCCUUUCACUUGGAGUUGGGCGGUCGUCCGAGCCUGCGGUAGCGCGUCUUUUCAGCUGCAGUAGCCGUGCCACGAGAGGGAAAUGCCCGGGAUGGGCAACUCUUUACGCGCGGCUGCCCUCCUGGCUUUCGUAGUUCUUUCUAUUCUGGUGUCCCUCUUGAUAAGCAGCGUGCAGCAGUUUGGAGCGAGGAGAUCUCACUCAUCCAAUGCAACUGUUGCUGCUGAUGAGGAGGAGUUCGCGUCGCUCCGCGGGGCGUUGAUUUACCAACUCAACGAGAGGCGCAAAGAAAUUAUUCCGCUGCUUUUACCUGCUUAUGAUGAUGAUGAUGAAAACAGACUACCCGGGUACAGUCGACAUUCUCUCCAACAUGAUCAAACGCUUGACUCGAUUUUGGAUUACAAUCUGUGGAAUGAGAUCACGCAUGGCUCCAGAAAAGCGCAUAUGGAUGAAAUGGACUGUGACUCUCUGGUGGACAUGCAGGCGGUGGAGAUCCUCGGGUCUGGAUACACCAAACUGGUUGUCAAAGUGAAUCUAGCCGGAGGUCAACCCGUGGCCUUAAAACUUGUCAACGAGCAGGGGAUAGACAUGGGAAAGUGUGUGGAGGAUUUUAAAGACCCUCGAGGCUGCCGUGAGCUCGUUUCUUACAAGUUAAAGAAAGAAAUAGUUCUGUUGCAGAGGCUGAAGCAUUCGAACGUAAUCCAGCUCAAAGGUCACUGUGCAGGAGAUGUAGGAGGAAGAGGAGGAGAAGGGGGAAGAGUCGCAGUCAUUCUGGAGCAGGGGAAUCCUCUCCAGAUGAUCCAGCUGCUCCAGAGUCCCUGGGAGGACAGAUUCCGGGUGUGUCUGGACCUGGUUAGGCUCCUCCACUUCCUCUCGCAGUCUCCUCUGGGCUCCGUGACUCUGCUGGACUUCCAGCCCCGGCAAUUUGUAACCGUGUCCGGCGAGCUGAAACUCACAGACCUGGACGACGCCAGUGCCGAGGAGACCUCAUGCCAGAUGGAUGCAGACUGCACCCUCCAGUUUCCACACAGAAAUUUCACUCUGCCCUGCUCGACCCAGGGAGUGUGUGAGCGCUUGAAUGAAAAGAGGAACAUUUACAAUGCCUAUAGGUAUUUUUUCACCUACCUGCUGCCUCACCAGGCCCCGCCCGGCUUCACACACCUGGUAGACCACAUCAUGAACUCCACAGGGGAGCUGAAAGCUGACAUCAAUCAAACGCUGGAUGCCUUUGAACACAUCCUCCUCCUCUACAAAUCUGGCCUGCACCUGGACAACUUGCCUUCAUCAAUAAUCAGAGAUUACACCGUGAUGCGAGGUAUGGGGACCUCUGGGAACGGGGAGUACCGCUGCUGGCCGUCCUACAGCCAGCAGGGCUGCGUGCUGUCAGUCCACAGCGCCAAAGAGGCAGCUUACAUCUGUAACUCCCAUUCUCAAUGCAACAGCUUCACUCUGACCGGACAGAAGACAUGGACAGGUCACCUCCUGGCCUCUUUUAGGAGCAGCUUCAGUCAUCUGGUGCCCGAUGGGAUAUCAGAGGUGUAUGUAAAGAAAACCAAAGCUCCUGAAACUUCCACAGCGUGACACAUGGACCAAACAGAACAAUGCUGUUUGACUCAAUAUAGAGUUGUUACAAAGUGGGAAAAGAAAAAUCACCCAAAAAUGUUGCGCUUAAGAUGAGAACUGCGUCCUCCUUGUGAACAUGUUGAACGCUCCUCUGCUCUGUGGAUUUGUGGG